AUUCCUUUUGUCAAAUCGUGAUCGGGUUCGUGAUCGGUACGCCUGUCAAUAAGCGGCAAAAGCGAUUGGGAGUGCCGUUUCGGUUCUGCCUGCCAGUCGCAUUCGGCAAUUAAACCUCGAAACGCCGUUCGAUCGAUCGCUCUAGUGUCACACGUCUCCUUAGGGGCAUUGUCCGUGUCCGCGAUAGACUUUUUUUAUUUUCUCCAUUGCGCGUUGUUUAAUUGAGCUGGGAAAAGGCGGCCAGUUUGUGGGGCGGAGGGAGUUUAGAAUGUUUCGCCCUGCGCGGGGGUCAUUGCAGUGAAACUAGGCGAGAGUGUGUGUGCGUGCGUGUGUGCGACCUUAACUCUAUUGCUCACGGUGUGCGGAUCGUCGGGGUUGUGUAACCAACGAGUGUGCUUGUUGCGUAAUCAAAUUUGGUGAAAAACGACCCUCCCCUUCGUCCCUAGUUUUCCCUUAACGAUUUUAAAACGCUUAACGCUUGAGAAGGGAGAAAAAAGAAAAAUAAAGUACAACCAUGGGUGUGAUGCUGUCGGUUCUAGUGGCUGGAGUCGGUGCGAUGGAUCUCAUCUACUGUCUGGCGUACAUGUCGGGCAGUGAGCAGCCCUCGAACGCGAUCGAGGAUGUGCCCGACAAGCAGCAACACGAGCAGCAGCACGAGCAGCAGCAGCCUGACGCCAAGGUCGAGCAGCUCGAGCAGUACAAGGAAACGGUACGGCAGCAGAUCAAAGCGGCACCACCGCGGAGCACGGUCGAGGGUGUGACGUACGCGCAGGAUGGCGUACCGUACAAGGACGGCUACCGGCUGGAGCCGAGCGUCGAAGGGGCCGCCCAGCUGGACGUGCUGAUCGAGAAGCUGCGCAUACUGGAGCGCCAGAGCCAGGAGAAGGAGCAGCAGCUGGAGCAGAUGAGCGUGCAGAUGAGCGAGCUGGAGCGAAGUACGGCCGAGCAGAGCCUGAUCAUCGAGGAGCUGCGGUCGCGCUCGACCAGCCGCGCGCACAGUGUGGAACCGUUGGGAGCGUACCGCAACAAUCUGUCGCCUGCCGAUGCCGUGCCGCAAAUUGUACUAAACGAACCACACGACAGUGGUGGUGGUGGCGCGGACGAGCCACGCCCAAGCUCGAGCAAGUUCCGGCCGAUACGGCGCGACGACGGGUUGCGUCGGUCGGUGAAGCGUCGCUCGGUCACGUCCGUCACCUCGCUCGAGGACAGGACGGACGAGCUGGAGCGGCUGAGCCAGCUGGAGGACGAGGAGUGCGCCCGAAUGGACGACUACAUCCCGAUCGUGUACAGCCGGGACGAUCUGCAGGACCCGAUGAACCGUCGGCACAACAUCAGUCCGAUCCCGGAGAGCUGCCAUCACCACGAGGACGACGAGCGGCAGUGGGUGCCGGAACGUUCGCCCGAGCCAACGCUGGCGGCGAACACUACCCGUCCCUGGGGCGACAUCAAGCUGGACGAGAUGAAGGAGAAGGCCGUCCUGCGCCCGUCCCGCUCGAUGUCGAUCGAGGAGGAGGAGCUGGAGCCGCCGGCCGCUGCCGUGGCCGUGGCUCAGCAGCUGCACGUGAGCGAAUCGGCUCCCUCGAACCUGAGCUCGCAUUCCAACUCACCCGACCGGGAGGAGCGGCGCGGUUCGGGCCGAGUUGAGCCGAUGCUACGCCGCACCACGAAGGAAGCCGAUCUGACGAGCUUGUUGCUGGAGCAGCAGCAGCAGCAGCAGGGAGGUGGAGGAGCGUCCCAGAGUCAGGGAGAUCUCCGACUCGGCAGCAGCAACGCGCCGUCGGCUCGUGCAGUCACUCCGGCGGAUGGCAACGACGAUGCUGGUGGUGUUGGUGCCGGUCGGCUGCUUUCCCCGCUGGCCGCCGCGCUCGUGGAUGCGGAUGCGGGCGCGGAAGGCGACACCGAGGGCGAGAACGGUGAGCAGCAGUUGCUGUCGGUGGCGCCGAGACGGCGGGGCUCCGGACGGUCCAAAGCGUCGGCGUCGCCGGGUUCGUCGCCUGUGCCACCCGGGCGCAGGUACAAGGAGCGCAAGCGGGUCGCCCGCAGCCUCACACCGAUCGACUACGAUCAGACGUUCAUGGACAGCUUCACCGAGCAGCACCUGUCGGUGACGCCGUCCGAGCUGGAGGACUACAUCAACAGCAUGGACGCGAUCAGCUUUGAGCCGCCGCCGCUCGUGAAGCCGGCCUAUCUCUAUCCCGCCGCGCUGCCCAGCCUCGUGCUGACGGACGAGCAAGGGACCGAUGCGCAGUUUCACGACGAAAUGUCCGCCAAAUCGUUCUACGGCCAAAGCUACGCGCACGAGGGCGUCACGCUGAACCAUCGCGUCAGCUACUGCGAGUGGAUCAAAAAGUUCCCCGACAACCAGACGAGCCACCUGGCGCUGGAGGACUUUGACAGCGACGACGAGGAGGUGGAACAGAUUUGCCGCCAGGCGGUGGAGGUGGAGGCCCUCUUUCCGACCGCUCUGCCCAAGUCGGCCGGCAACACACCGCAACCUUCGAAGCCCUUGACACCGGCCACAGCGACAGAACCGGCGCAACCAGGCGAUGAACGCAACGAGUUUCCCGUGCAUCGGACGCCGGCCUACGCUACGCCCUCGCCGGUGUCGCUCGUUUCGGACCUUUCGGAUCUUUCAUCCCCAUCCUCGCAACCUCCCUCACCCUCUCUCUCGCUGGCCACCCAACCCUCCCCGACCGUGUCCUCUUCCCUCGCGCUCGGUUCACCGCUGCUCAAUAGCUACCACAAUCACAACGUAUCCGAGCACCAUUUUACACCGAUUCCCUCCGAUUCGCACGACACGCACGACAGUAGCUCACCGCUUUCCUCCUCACUACACUCGCCGCAGUCGCCGGCAGUACCACCAUCACCACCACAGCACCACACUACUGCUGCACCGCUACGGCCGAGCCUCACCGUGCCGGUCGUACCGUCCCGGACGCCGUCGGUCUCACCGCUGCCGCUGGACGCAUCGCCCGAGGAGCUGGUGUUCGAGAUCGGCCAUCUCGAUGGGCUGAUAUUCGAGGCGAAGAGCCGCGAACCGACGCCGUCCCGUGCGCCGAGCCGCAACGAACCGCUCCUCCGCCCGGACGAGCUGGCGUUCGACAUUGGCAACAUGGGGGGCCUUAUUUUGGGACCGCCGAGUCGCAGCGUCUCGCCCGCGCUACCCACCCCGCACCCAUCGAUAGAGUCGUCGGGCGGCGGUGGCGCUUCCUUAUCGCCGCUCUCGUGGGAGUCAGCGGCAGGCAGUGCGGCGGCACACAACGAACACACGAAACAGCCACAGUAACGAAUAACGAUGAAACACAAGGAUGAUACACAAACACACACACUUACAUCGGUAACGGGACCGGAAAAACCCCAAAACAACACACCUUCUUGUUGGAGAAAACGAGAUAACGAAAAACGCAACAAAUUUCCUUAAAGAACCCAACAAUCGCCGAGCCAGAAAACACUUGUUGCACAAAACCCACCCGCUUCCCCCUCGAUCGAGCAUUCGGGUUGUUUUUUUGGCUUGUAGUUGUUGGUUGUGUGUACUUCUUUUCUUUUUUUGUACAAUAAAAUUGAACUAUCACGAAAGAAAGAACGCCCCUUUCGAAACUAACCCGAGUUGCAGUUGCAGUUUUACUAAAAGGUGUGCAAACGCAAUGCUACAGCGAUAAGUAUGGCAAUCGAAAUGCUGUGUGUUUGUGUGUGUGCUUUUAAUGUGUGAGUGUGUUGUGUUAAUGUGUUUAACUUUUUACUAUAUCUUCUGGCCACGACACCACGUUGUUGACAAUUUAAUUAACGAAUCGUCCUGAGAGAAUUGCACCGCACUAGACCGCUAGAAAACAUUUGGGAUGCGAGCCAAACAUUUAACGCUUCAUCAGCACAGCAGAUCAACCGUGGUGAGGUGUCUGUCCGUCCUGUCGUUCGAUCCACAAAUAGACACACACCCGUGGCACGGUGGUAAUGUGGUUUGAAGGGAUUUUGGUAGGAAUUAGGCGGGCUGGGGUGGUUGUAAUGAGUUUUUGUGCGGUGGUUUGCAUCUACAGCGCGGCAGCAGAUUUGUUGUUUGGUAGCUAGUAAGUCAGGUUUAGGUCGUGUGUUUGAGCGUGGGUAGGGUAGGGCAUCAGAUAACGAGAGAAAGGUGAAAGAUUUUGCAACAAUUAUUGCAGCGCCGGUUGUUUUGCAGAACGGUUUUGAACGUGAGUUCAUUGUUGACGAGUGACGCGGUGGUGAUUUAUGCAGUCGUCAAAAUGGUUGGACAGGAUUGUUGGUAGCAGCUUUUGUUACAAUUUAACUGCGCGAAUUCUAUGCAGGCAAAGGAUGCUAUAGUAGAGAUGUCCACGGUGGAUUUGGGUCAUAAUGAUGGAAAAACUAUUACAAACACUAUUUAGAUGUUAUUUUAAAGUAUGACACAUCUCAAAAGAAUGUUUGGUUCAUUGUUCUUGUUACAACACUCGGACUCUUUCUUCUUUUACACAUUGUCCGGAGAAUACUGAAGUUAACCCUGUGUAUGGGGUGGGCCUUUUUCAUGUAUGAUAGGAAACCUCAAAUGGGCAAUUUGGUAGGUUGUUUUGAUGCGACGGCUUUGCCACUAGACCACUCCCACGACAGGACAUUGGUCU